UCUUGUUUCGCGUCACGUGACCUUACAGCUGUGGGAGAUCGAAUGGUUCGAAAUGGGUUUGAAAUGUGGAUCUUCGGUUAUGGAUCCUUGAUGUGGAAAGUGGAUUUUCCUUUCGAAAGGAACGAGAUCGGAUAUAUCAAAGGUUAUUUGAGAAGAUUCUGGCAAGGGAGCGAAGAUCAUCGCGGCGUGCCAGGAAAGCCUGGAAGAGUUGUAACUUUAAUUUCAUCUCCAGAUCCUGAGUCACGUGUAUGGGGAGUUGCAUACAAGAUAUCAGCCGAAGAUGCAGAAUAUGUCAAAGCUCAUUUGGAUUUUCGUGAAAAGGGCGGUUACGAAAAAGUCAACGUGACGUUCUUUCCGAAGGACAGAAAUGUAGAAUCAUUCGAUCUCACAAUAUACGUCGGCAACGAAAAUAACCCUUAUUUUUUGGGUCCCGCACCGAUUCACGAAAUGGCACGACAGAUUUACGAAAGCGAAGGCCCGAGCGGUAAAAAUACCGAAUAUUUAUUUAAUUUAGCCGAAACGAUGAGAAAAUUGAUACCAGAAGCGAACGACGAUCAUCUAUUCGAAUUGGAUGUAGAAGUUAAGAAACUCGUAAACAAAUAUAAAUACAAAUUUAAGUGAAUGUAACCAUAUCGCCGGAUCUACUUUUACUUAUUAAAAUUUGGGAUUUUAAUUUCUUAA